AUGACCGGAGACACCAAACUUCCCGUGGUCGACGACGACGGUUUACUCGUCACCGCCGCCGCCGCCGCCACCGUCGAAACUGGGUCGGGUCAUGGAGAAAGACGAGACGUCUGCAGUGCAUCCCAGGCCAUCGACCCAGAGGCGGAAAAGCGACUCGUAUGGAAAUUUGAUCUCAGGAUUCUACCAGUUUUGGCAAUCAUGUAUUUGUUCAAUGCAUUGGACAAAGGAAAUAUAGGAAACGCAAAGACGGCGGGACUGGAAGACUCUCUGGACCUAAAAGGGGACCAGUACAAUCUGAUCCUCUCGAUAUUCUUCAUUCCCUACGUCCUCACGGCACCAUUUUUGGGAAUCGCCGGGAAAAAAUACGUGUUUUAUCGACGAGGAGAACUCGCUCGACGACUGGCAUUGUUUUACGCCGCUUCUUCGAUCGCAAACGCCUUCAGUGGACUUUUGGCAUUCGGUGUCUUUCACAUCCACUCCGGCUCGAUCGCCAACUGGAGGUACCUCUUCGUCAUCGAGGGAGCUUGUAGCAUGCUGUUCGCCGUCUUCGCCUUCUGGGUCUUGCCUUACAACGCGGCGUCGGCGACCUUUUUGAGUCCCGAGGAAAAGGAACUCGCCUUUUACCGAAUCCAGGUCGACAGCAGUGCCGUCGUGGAUGAAAAGUUCGACCUGCGGACCGCCCUGAGCAUCUUCAGACACCCCACCACUUGGGUCAUCCUGGCCAUCGAGAUGUGCCUCGGGGUGCCGCUGCAGAGUGUUUCUUUGUUCCUCCCCGUCAUCGUCAAGAGGUUGGGUUACAGCACGGUGAAGACAAACUUGUACACUGUCGCACCGAAUAUCACCGGAGCGGUAAUGCUUUUGGUUCUCGGGUUCGCCAGCGACUUUACAAGAUGGAGGUUCCCUUUUGUGGCUUUGGGAUUCGCCUUUACCUGUAUCGGUUUCAUCAUCUAUGCCUGUGUUGUAAGUUUCCCGCCACAAAAUUCCUUUUUCGACACUCGACGUUUUCUUCCCUCGACCUUGAAGCAGAAAUUGACCCUCCCAUUGAUGCGAGAAACAGAACGUUCACACACAAAUCCACGUCGCAUAUUUCGCCUGUUUCAUGAUGACGUGGGGAACUUCGGCGCCCAGUGUGAUUCUCGACGUUUGGUACAACAAUAACUUGGCGGAUGAGAACAAGAGAGUCAUGUUGACGAGUGUUGGUGUACCUGUCGCAAAUUUGAUGGGUGUAGUGAGCUCCAACAUUUUCCAAGAUCGAGAUGCACCCAAAUACCUCCCCGCUCUGGUGACGACGGCGUGUUUCGGUGCGGUGGGUUGUCUACUCACACUGUCGCUUGGUGGUUGGAUGAUCCUGGACAACAAGAGACGAGACUCGAGGACGGGUCGAAAAAUUCGAGCCAAGGACAUCCCGACUGAAUCCAUGAGGGACGGACCGAGUUCGGAAGUGUAUAGGUGGUUUUAUUGAAGCGCAUCGACCGCUCAGCGACGCGAAAUGAACGGAACACAGGUGACUGACACAAAAAGGUCAGCACCCGGUGACCGUACACUAUACUUUAGUCUUUGAACCCAAGACGUCUCGAGAAGGUCAUCAGUACCUUCACAGAAACAAAAGAAAAUAGAAAGAGAAAACACAAAGUACGAGCUCGAAUGAAUGAGUGAGAUUCAGAUAUUGAGAGCCCAUUCCUAACCCUACUCCUAUUGCUUCCUCCUGAGACCCAAGGUAGAUAAAUACCUAUCUACUUGUAUUGUUAAACACAACUCUUUUAACUCUG